AUGGCGCGCGCGCGUCCGCCGCCCGACACUCGCGGAAAAAACACGCGAACGCGCACGUAUCGCAUCGCGUCCGCGGGUACCCUAUACGCGUACCCGUGUACGUAAUAAUGGCCACGGCGACCGUGUAAUAAAGUACGAGCGCCUGUACGUAGAAAAAAAAAAAAGAAAAAAAAACGUGGGCCGCCGAGGACAAUCGCGCGCGUUUCGUCCGCGGCGACGUCGCCGUCUCCUUUUCGGCGAGAACGCGCGCGCGCCGAUACUACGAAACAAAAGGGGUAAUAAUCGCAAUACUAACAGCAACACCGCACGCGGUACGUGCGCGCGUACGCUGC